CUGGAGGAAUACAGGAGCGAGUGCGCACAGAGCUGGUCGGCCAGCGAGAGAGAGCGCGGAAGCGAAACAGGAAGCGAGCGAGAAAAACAAGAAACGCACGCAAACAGAAUUAACUGCUUUGAAAAACAAUACGACUAACAGAUUCGCCGAUACAAGAAGAUUCCCUGGUUCAUAUCACCGGGGGAGAUUAAAAAAAACGACGGGAAAAGGGCAGAGAGAGAGACCCGGCAAGAGAGGCAGGGAGAAAGAGAAAGAGAGAGAGAGAGAGAGCGAUCAAGAGAUCGAGAGAGAGAGACGAAGCAGUCAUCCUGCUUUCCAUCAGCAAGAAAAAAGCGCCGGCAACGAGACAGAGAAGCAGAGCGAGUGAGGCGCCAACUACAGUGGUAAUCGUCGCACACCCACCCACUCGCAGCAGCACAUAGCCGCCCCUUGCCCUCCCAGGAUGAGCUUAGUCGGCGGAUACCACCACCAGGGACUGCAUCCGAACUCAGCCGCCCAGUUCUACCCGUACCCGGGCGCCUACCCGCGGGACCCGAUGCCGGAUCCCGGUUACUACCAGAGUUGGAUGCUGGGCGCCGACGCUCAGAUGGACAUGUGCGGCUACGCUGGACUGCAGGAUCCACAACAGCCGCAGCGAGAUAUCUACGGAAACAUUGUCGUAUCGGCGAACGGGAUCGGGCCGCCGAAGGUAAUCAAGCGGAGAACCACGGCGAACAAAAAGGAGCGUCGGAGAACGGUGAGCAUCAACACUGCCUUCUCCGACCUGAGAGAGUGCAUACCGAACGUGCCGUCCGACACGAAGCUGUCCAAGAUCAAGACGCUGCGUCUGGCGACGUCCUACAUUGCCUACCUGACCGAGGUGCUGUCGAAGGACGACCCGACGUUGCUGGCUGAGAACUUCAAGGCGGAUCUGGUGAUGAAACACACGCAGGAGAUUAAGAAGCGAAAAGAGAUGG